AUGUUCGAGAAAAAGUUUAACAUUGAAGUACAAACUUUACAGCCUUUACGUGAGUUUCUUGCACAACUGAAAGAAGAAGGUAGUCAGCCACAACUUAUAGACUUUCAUUAUGAAUUUAAUGAAAAUGAAGAUGGAACACAUGACUGUCAGUUUGUUAUAUAUUCACCAUUCAAUGAAGUAGCUAAAAAGAAAGAAAAUCCAUUACGUAUAAGAUUUCAAAUCUCUGAACCAAGUGAUGAUUUCAAGAAUGUUUUCAAUUAUGAUGCAAUGCUUCCGAGAAAAAAUGAAUUUUCAAAGAUUGUAACACCUGGCAUUUGGGAUAGAAAGCAAGCUAUAUUAUAUUCAAACUUAAGUAAGGGAGUUGAAAAUGAGUUCAUUGGUCAUACAAGAACUUCACCACUUCCUAACCCUAAAUACUAUAAAUUGACUGGCUUCAAUCGUGAGUUUUGGAUAGACAUGUUCUCCACUCAUGACCAUAACUGCCCAGUGUUCUUACCUCCAGACCAUAAGGACUGUCUCUACAUUGAAACACAACUCUUAAACUCUACAAUAGCUGUAUUGUAA